GGAAGGUCCGGUGCACUUUUGCGAGUUUCAGCGACAUGAUCAUUGUCCGAAUUAUCAGAUCCGAUAUUCUUAACCGCCCUUUUCAUUGCUACACACAAUUGGCGCUGACAGGCUGCACAUCUGAGACCUGGCCGAUCACUCCAAUCCAAGCUCACCUCGCUCGCCCUCGAUAACACUCUUGCCUUCACCGACCCAGCCCAUGACAUGCGGGCGACGACGCCUACAUUGACGACGACGCUGCGCCCAUCAUGACCUCCGCCUUUGUGCGCGUCUCUGGUCCGCCGAACAGCAACUUCCUCGUCGGUUACCCUGGAAUCUCGGCCACUUCACCACGUAUAGAGGGCAAGGUCGAGAUUCGUCCACUCUUGGGCGUCUCGGCUCCUGUCCAUGUAUCGCUGGUGACUGUUUGUCUACAGCGGCGCGAGAGCAUCCACCCCUCGGCCGACACCAUCAAGGGCCACCUGGUGACGUCAAAUCGGCGCGAAAUCACAGACAUAGUCGGAAAAGAGAUGUUACUAUAUCGCGCCCCUCUAGGUCGAGAAAGCGAAGCCAUUCUCUCCAUGGAUCUCCCAUUCGUCAUCUUUAUCCCGUACGGACGAGGUGGUGAAGAGAUGGCGCGACGUGUGCCGCCAGCGAGCUUACAACUGGAUCGCCGUGCCGCAGAAACAUACUAUGAGAUUGUUGUCACGGUGCACCACGGCGCAAGCGACCAGAAGAAAUACCCCUUCCCUGUACCGAUCGCGAGAUACGACACCCUCUCCACCUUCGGCAUGUACAACCGCCCAGAAAGCGCUGAGCGUGUUGUGGAUCACCUCGUCACACUCGCCAUAUCAUUACCCCGCUGGUCCUACGGUCCGCUUGAUCCCGUCAGCGUCUACAUCAAACUCACUCCCAAUCCGGACAUGCUCAGAAAAGCUAUGAAGGCCACGGUCAAAGCUAUUACCAUGAGCAUCGAGGAGGAGGUCAUAUACAACCAUCAAGGCGACGAACCGCAACGGAAAGCAAAAACCCUGGCCUCUUCCACACACCGCGUCGGGAUUAAGAUGCCCGAAGCUGGCUACUUUACAAAUCUAGGCCUGGUCUUCCCAGCAAGAGACUUGCGAAACCAAGAAGGCAUUAUGCCUCGACAAAAACGUGAAUUUCCUCUAUACGCCGUGAGCGGCUUCACAACUACCGGUACUCUGUACAAGAUCGAGUACUAUCUAGUAGUGAAGGCUGUCAUGUCCGGCGCAAAGGACAUUAUGAUCCGCCAGCCCAUUGUAGUCUGCCCAUGGGACCAUGCAGGCUGCAAAGAAGAAAUGGAAGCCAUCGAGCAAGCCGCGAAAGACGCCUACCACAUCUCUCCCGAUAACCCAAUGCUACCCGCUUCCACCAUAAUCAGAGCCUCCGAUGCCAACGGCCUCAAGAGUCUAGGCAUGACUAUAGUCGGGGGUCACAGGAAACCUCUGAUCGAAUGAGCCGCGCUCCAUUGUUUUACUACUCGCUUCUUUACAAUACCACCUUUUCUCGGGACAGUCACGAUAUUAUGACUUGGCCCAACAAUGUUUCGGACUUUUUCUUGUUUUCAAGUCGAAGGAGGACAACUGCUGAUUUGGCGCGGAGUUUACUGGGCGUUUGGGAAAAAAAGGAAAGGAGUGUCCGCCAGGCGUGACAAGUCUCAGUCCUUGUUGUUCAUGUUCACUGCAGGACUUUGGGCGUUUUUUUUUCGAGAGAUUCUUGACAUGCAUUUUUGGGGGAGUCUGUGAUGGCAGGGACCGGCCUUUUCGCCCAUACUAGCAGCGCAAUGCGAAAAACCCAUCGACGA